AAGCGAAGGUCCUUUCUAGCCAUCUUGUGGCAUCUAGCAGCGAGAAGUUCGCACCAAGCCUCGUAGAAUCGGAGGAGAAUCCUGCUGAAGGGGCGCCAUCAUGCCCGGACAUCUGCAAGAAGGUUUCGGCUGCGUCGUAACCAAUCGGUUCGACCACCUAUUUGAUGAUGAAGAGGAUCCGUUUGAGGUUUUAAAGCAGGCCGAGACCAAGAAGAAGGACACGGCCGCUCCGGGGGCCGCCAAGACCGCGGCGCAGGCUGCCAAACAGCAAAAGAAGGAGACGCAGAAGGACAGGAAAGUCCCUCUUCCUGAAAAGAAAGAAGAGACCACGACGCCUGUUCCUUUAAAGAAGGAGGGCAUGAGGAGGAUGGGCCGGCGGCCGGAGCAGCAGGCUCAGCAGGGCUCGCAGCAGCAGCAGCAGCAGCAGCAGCAGCCACAGCAGCAGGGGGGUCAGGGCGAGGGUCGCCCCCAGGCAGAACGACGCACUGAGAGAAGGCCUCCACGUGAGCGCCGAUCAGAUAAACCUGCCGAGGACAAGCCAGCAGAGGGUGGAGAGUUCUCUGUGGAAAAGUCUGGUGGCGAGCGGCCGUUCCGAGGCCGUGGCGGAGGCAGGGGAGGCCGUGGAGGUCGAGGCAGAGGCAUGGGCCGCAGCGAUGGAUUUGACUCGCGUGGCAAACGUGAAUUCGACAGGCACAGUGGCAGCGACCGGUCCAGCCUUAAACCAGAAGAAAAGCGAGGAGGAGGAGGAUCUCAUAACUGGGGCACCGUCAAGGACGAACUGAGUGAGCUUGACCAAUCGAAUGUCACAGAGGAAACCCCCGAGGGAGAGGAGCACCCACCUGCUGACUCUGAGAACAAGGAGAACGAGUCUGAGGAGGCGAAAGAAGAAGGGCCCAAGGAAAUGACCCUGGACGAAUGGAAAGCCCAGCAGGACAAGGAGAGAGCUAAGGUCGAGUUCAACCUUCGCAAACCCAAUGAUGGAUCUGAGUGGAAGAAAGGAUAUCUGCUGCAUAAGUCCAAGACCAAGGAUACUCCAUUAGAGGACGCCGCUAGUGACCACCACUUCCGCAAGCCCGCCAAUGACAUCACGUCCCAGCUGGAGAUUAACUUCGGGGACCUGGGCCGUCCUGGACGUGGCCGUGGAGGACCCCGUGGAGGAAGAGGAGCCCGUGGAGGUGGACCUACCAGGCCACCUCGUGAGCGCAGGCCUGAUAAGGCGAGCGGAGGAUCUGCCCCCAACGUGGACGACCCGGAGGCUUUUCCAGCUCUGGCUUAAGCUUCCUGAUUGGUAGCUCUGUUCAGCCUGCCACUGAGCCCUGCUUCCCCGGGCCCUUCGCUACGAGGCUUGCAUGCUAAUGGAUCCUUCAGCAGAUGAUAUGAUGGAAGACUGUUAUCCAUCCCACUCACCUCUUGUGGACUGAAUUUUACUUGUUUUAGAAAAAAGGAAAAAAAUCUUACAAAAAAAUUGAAAGGACUUCUUGCUACUCAGAAGCAAAUUAUCGGUAGAGGUUUUGUAUUAAGAAAUAAAGUAGCAGGGAUGUUUUCAUACAGUAUUUUUAUUUUUUUUUCAGACAUUAUGCAUUCUCCAUGAAUUCCUCUUUCUUUUUUUUUUUUGUACUGCUGCUUGCAUAUAUGCCUUUUCAGAUGUGUGAAAAGUGUGUUAGAUUGUAGUGCCCUUUGGGCUUGGUUUCUUUUUAAGCCUAAGAUGCACUGCUAGGGAUUCGCUCAACUGUUGUAAAGAAAGAUUUGGGUUAAAGAUCAUUCUUUAUCACAGCUUCUGCACUGAAAUCCUCCGUGAAGUAACAUUUAAUUUGUAGCUCAAGGCCAAAAUCUUACCAUCAGAUUUGUCUACCUUUACAGUCUCUAAUGUUCUGAGAAAUGUUCCCCCACACCCUGAGUUAGACGACUUUGGCCAUUGUGAGAUUCAGUAUCCUGUAUUUGAAUUUUAGUGGCUUUGGUUGUUCUGAGGAGGAGGAGGAUGAUGCAUUCACUCAAAACAGCGUUUAUAGGUUAUUCAAGUUUACCUUGUGCACUCCUGUUCGAACCCGUAUCAAACAAAAUCUCUUGUAAUAAUUCAAACAAAGCAGUUCAUGGAUUCAUGAAUAGGUUUUUUCUUCUGCCCCAUUGCUUUUUUACAACAGCACUAUUGCAUAUUUGUUCUGAAAGAAAUACCAGCUGUUCAGUGUGUAACAGUGCUAUGAAACUGUGUGAAUUCUAACCCUGCUAUUAUUCAGACCUCUGUCCAUAAUUAAAAGGUGGUCUAUUCAUA